AUGAGCAGCAGAGUCCAUGUCUUUAGUUUCAGCAGCAUUACUCGGUAUUCUGGUGAUUCUUGGCAUUGGCAAAUCGCUUUCAAGAGCAUUCAGCAGCUCACGUCUCGUAUACAAGUUUCAAGGGCUGUCACGUGUAUUCUUCCCACCUGUCCACAAGGUGCGUUCCAACACGUCUUUACAUUGUACCUUUUGGGUAAGUUGAUCAGAAACGCGUUGAGCAUGUUGGAUGAUGACAUUUCUGGCCAGCAAGAAGACAGUGGUUUGAAAAAAGUGGCACAUUGUAUCACUGGUAUGUAUGGCAUUAGGAGCACAAAAGAAGCAUUGUCAAUUAACGAGUCUUACAUGGAAACAACAGUGACACGACAUCGAUAG